AUGGCGGUGGCGUCCCCAGCCCCUUGCCUCGCCUCGCAGUGCGUCCUGUCCGGCUCGUGGCGGAGCGACGACGGCGGCCGCGCGGUGGUGUCCGUGCUGGAGCCCGACGGCAGCUUCCUGGGCUCCUACGUGCCGGCGGCGGGCGGCCCGCAGGCCGUGGCGUGGCCGCUGAAGGGGGUGCAGCAGGACGUGGCGCUGGCGGCGCAGCCCGUCUUCUCCUUCCUCGUGCACCGGGGGCCGCACGGGGCGCCCGGCGGCAGGACCACGGCCUUCGUGGGCCAGUGCUACGUGGACGAGGCGGGCGAGGAGGCCCUGCACGCGCUGUGGCUGCUGCGCGACGCAGUGCAGAGCCCCGGCCAGGACUGGAAGGCCACCAGGAUCGGCACCAGCGUCUUCACCCGGAUCAAGUGA